AUGGCCCCCAAGGUCCUCAUCGUUCUCACCUCUGCCGAUGAAUUCCCCGGCGUUGGGAAGACCGGCUGGUACUUGCCCGAGUUUGCCCAUCCCUGGGAAGUCCUGCACAGCAAGACCGAGCUCACCAUUGCGUCGCCCAAGGGCGGUGCCGCUCCCCUCGACCAAGGCUCAGUAGAGAUGUUCAAGUCGGAUCCCGUGUCCCAAAAGUUCCUCGCUGAGCAGAAAUCUCUGUGGGAGAACACUGUCAAGCUCUCCGACGUUAACGCCGGCGACUUCGACGCCAUCUUCUACGUCGGUGGCCACGGCCCCCUUUUCGACUUGACCGACAACGCCACCUCCCUCUCUCUCAUCCAGGCCUUCGCUGCUGCCAAGAAGCCCGUCUCAGCUGUCUGCCACGGUCCCACCGUCUUCCUGAAGGCGACCACCCCCGAUGGCAAGCCCUUGAUUGCCGGCGCCAGCGUGACCGGCUUUUCCAACGUGGAAGAGGAGCAGGUUGGCCUGCUCUCCAAGGUGCCCUUCGAGCUUGAGACUGAGCUUCAGCGUGUGUCGGACGGUGGCUAUGUGAAGGCUGCUGAGCCCUGGGCUGAGAAGGUGGUCGUCUCCAAGACUAAUGGCAUUGGCGGUCCCUUGAUUACUGGUCAGAACCCUAAUUCCGGUUCGGGAGUUGCGAAGGCGAUUCUUGAGGCUUUGGGGAUCUAG